AUGUCGGCCAACGACACCACGGUCCGGCGGCCGUUCCGCGAGUGCACCGAGGUCUCGCAGCUAUGCCCCGUCGAUAUGACGGUGCUGGCCUAUUACCCCAACUUUGGCGCCAACAUCUUCUUCGCCGUCGCCUUUGGUCUCGUCGUGCUCGCCUCGGCCACCAUCGGCACCUGGAAACGCACCUGGACCUUUAUGCUCUUCGUGACGGGCGGUAGCAUCCUCGAAACAGUCGGCUACGCCGGCCGCGUCCUGCUCCACGAGAACCCCUGGAACUCGAGCGCCUUCCAGAUCCAGAUCUGCACCAUCAUCCUCGGCCCAACCUUCAUCUGCGCCGGCAUCUACCUGACCCUCAAGCACGUCUCGGCGAACCUCCACCCGGCCCUCUCGCGCAUCCGCCCGCGCCUGUACCCGCUCAUCUUCCUCCCCGCCGACCUCACCUGCCUCAUCAUCCAGGCCAUCGGCGGCGGCCUCGCCGCCGCCGCGGGGCAGACGAACAAGAAGCUCCUCGAUGGCGGCAACCAGGCCAUCAUCGCGGGCAUCGUGCUGCAGGUUGUCGUGCUCAUGCUGUUCGGCGCCACCGGCGCGGACUACUGGAUCCGCGUGCGGAAGUGGGCGCACGCCGGUGACCACGGCGCCGGCGACAUCGCGCUGUACCGCGCCAAGAAGUUCAGGUCGUUCAUCUACGCCGUCGCCGUGGCGUAUGCGUGCGUCAUGAUCCGCUGUGUGUACCGCGUCGCCGAAAUGGCGGGCGGAUGGGGCAACCACAUCAUGCAGGACGAGGUCUCGUUCAUGGUCCUCGACGGCAGCCUCGUGCUCGUCUGCGUCACGCUACUGACCGUCUUCCACCCGGGCCUCUACUUCCCCGCGAUGAGCGUUACCCGCAAGGCGCGGGCCGGCGAGAAGUCCGAAUCCACAACGACGACGACGUCCACGCCCGAGAACGUCAAGGCCGAGUCCGGCCAUCAGUCGGUAACCAUGUGCAUGGUCGACGCAAUCCACCACAAGUGUGGCAUCUGCCACGCCCGCCUAGGCAAGCCCCGGCGCCGAGACCUCGAACAGUGCUUCGCCGCCCUCGCUGCCGAGACCCCACACCGCGGCACCCUCCGCGACACCGGUCUGGGACCCGCCCUUUCGGACCCGGCGCUCCAACCCUCCGGUCUCGAGUUCGGGGUCCUCAAAACGGCACCGGCGUACACCCUCACCGAGCCGCAACACCGUCUAUAG